CCCAAUCCCCGCUCGGCGGCUCAGAGAGGAGGCCCGAGGCCGCGGUGAGAGGCGGGCGAGCGGGCGUCCCUCCUCCUCGGCCCCUGUCACGAGGCGGCAUCUCCUCCUCCUCGUCGUCUGCCGGUCCCACCCGCAGGAUCCGCGCCUGGGAACGGGGCCCUCACCUCGGCCAUGGCGGCGGCUCCGCUCCGCCUCCCCUGCUCCUCCUGCUCCUCGUCUUUCCCCCGAGGUGACCCACUGGGGCCCUGACAGGGAAGGGCAGAGCGGGGCGCCGCCUCUCUCUCUCUCUCUCUGCCGCCCACCGAGACCCGCAGGACGGAGGGCCCGCGAGGGGGCGGCGGCGGCGGCAUCAGCAGCCGGAGGCGUCGCCGGGGGCCGCGACGGAGGGCCCCGGGCAGGAGGGGCAGCGGCGCCCCGGCCAUGGAGCCCCCCGGGCAGGUCAAGGACCGCAUCCUGGAGAACAUCUCGCUCUCCGUCAAGAAGCUGCAAAGCUACUUUGCUGCCUGCGAGGAUGAAACUCCAGCCAUCAGGAACCACGACAAGGUCCUGCAGCGGCUCUGCGAGCAUCUUGACCAUGCACUGCUUUACGGGCUCCAAGAUCUCCCUUUGGGCUACUGGGUCUUGGUGGUCCACUUCACACGCCGAGAAGCCAUUGAGCAGAUCGAGGUCCUGGAGCAUGUGGCCACUAACUUGGGGCGCAGCCGAGCGUGGCUGUACCUGGCCCUCAAUGAGAACUCCUUGGAGAGCUACCUGCGCCUCUUCCAGGAGAACCUGAGUCUGCUGCACAAGUACUAUGUCAAGAAUGCUCUUGUCUGCAGCCAUGAUCACUUGACCCUCUUCCUCACGCUGGUCUCUGGCCUGGAGUUCAUCCGCUUCGACUUGGAUCUGGAUGCCCCUUACCUGGACUUGGCACCCUACAUGCCGGACUAUUACAAGCCUCAGUAUCUGCUGGACUUCGAGGACCGCCUGCCCAGCUCACUUCACGGCUCAGACAGCCUCUCGCUCAACUCCUUCAACUCCGUCACCUCGACCAACCUGGAAUGGGACGACAGCGCAAUCGCCCCCUCCAGCGAGGAUUAUGAUUUUGGAGAUGUCUUUCCCGCAGUGCCGUCCAUGCCCACCACAGCCUGGGAAGACGGAGACCUGACGGACACCCUCAGCUGCCCACGUUCCAUCACUUCCGAGCUGAACAGCUGCAGAGCUUUGGUCAAGAGCCCAACGCAGCGUCACAACCCUUUCAAUGAGAAGGCAGAAGUGGUGUCCUCCACCGCGACCACCCCGGUGCACUCCACCUCGCAGGAGAAGGCUGACGUCACGACGACGGAGGGCACGGACCAAUCGGAGAGUUGCAUGGAGUUGGAGGUCAUAAGGUUAGCCAAAAAGAAGAAAACAGGCAAGAAGAAGAAGGUCAAAUCGGAGGAGGUGGAAGCGGCAGCACCCAAUCAUGGUCCCUCUUCUGCAGCCCAGGCUGGAACUCAGGGCUCAGGCGAGGGGAACAGGUCAGGCGCUGGAGCCGGGCAGCAGGAAUCUGGCCCGGAGGCCAGCCCAGAAGCAAGCAGCGAGGGCCUCCCCACCCUCUCUCAGCUGGGGCUGCGGAUCCCCGAGAUAAAAGACACUUCCAUGGAGCGGGUGGGGCAGUCGCUGAGCAAGGUGAUCCACUUGCUGGACGGGCAGCUGGACUCCGACGGGUGGAGGUGCCCCAUCGAGCCCCCCGACCAGUCCUUUCGGACCGACUCGCCAGGGGAGGCCCCCUCAGGGGAGGGGCCACCCUCUGGCGGCUUUAGUGAGGGGGUUUCGGCCCCCAUGGACUUCUACCGCUUUACCGUCGAGAGUCCAAACGCUCCUACAGCAGGUGGUGGCCACCAUGACGCUGCAGGGGAUGGCCAACCGCCACAUGUUCCUGGUGGCCCUGAAGCUGCUGGACAAGAGGAGGGAGGAAGAGAAGGAGAGACUCUUGGGCCACCCGUAGCUGCGGAGGAGAAAGAGGAGACUGAGGCCGUCACCGUGGAGGCCCUCAGUAGGCUGAAGGCGGACAGGGCGAGCCCCUCCCCAAGCAGCGCCGAGGACUCUGGGGUGGAGGAAGGGCAGGGGAGCCCUUCAGAGGCAGCCCACCCCUCUGAGUUCAGGGUAGACAACAACCACUUGCUGCUCCUGAUGAUCCAUGUCUUCCGGGAGAACGAGGAGCAGCUGUUCCGGAUGAUCCGCAUGAGCUCCGGACAUACGGAGGGGAACCUCCAGCUGGUCUACGUGCUGCUGACCGACUGUUACAUCUACCUCCUCCGCAAAGGAGCUGCUGAGAAGCCGUACAUGGUGGAGGAGGCGGUCUCCUACAGUGAGCUGGACUACAUCUCGGUGGGCCUGGAUCAGCAGACAGUGACCUUAGUGUGCACCAACCGUAGGAAGCAAUUUCUUCUGGACACGGCUGACGCCACCCUGACCGAGUUUUUCCUGGUAUGCCUCAAGUCAGCUAUGAUCAAAGGUUGCCGAGAACCGCCGUAUCCCAGCAUCCUGACUGAUGCGACCAUGGAGAAGCUGGCGCUGGCCAAGUUUGUGGCUCAGGAGUCCAAGCGGGAGACCUCCGAGGUGGUUGUCUGCUUCUACGGCCUUAUCCACUGGGAAGAUCCCAUGGACGAGACCCUGGGGCCCGCGCCUUCUCACUACGUGUCGGCUGAGCACUCCAUCACAAAGGAGGGUGUCCUGAGCUACAAGGCAGGCACCAACUACCUAGGCAAGGAGAACUGGAAGCCUUGUUUUGUGGUGCUCAGCAACGGCAUCUUAUACCAGUACCCGGACCGCACGGAUGUCACUCCUCUGCUCUCCGUGACCAUGGGUGGGGAGCAGUGUGGCGGGUGCCGGAGGUCAAACGCGAUGGACCGCCCCCACGCCUUCCAGGUGAUCUUGACCGACCGGCCAUCCUUGGAGCUGAGCGCUGAAAGCGAGGAGGAGAUGGCCGACUGGAUGCAGUACUUGUGCCAGGCCGUCUCCAAAGGGGUCAUCCCGCAAGGUGUGGUCCCUGCCCCCUGCAUCCCCUGCUGCCUGGUGCUGACAGAGCAGAAGCUCUUCACCUGCCACGAGGACUGCCAGACCAGCUUCUUCCGCUCGCUGGCCACUGCUGAGUUGGCGGACGUGGCUUCUGUCUCCAUGGAGGCCGGCCGAGAAUACUGUGUCUUGGAGUUUGCCCAGGACCGCAAGCAGUACCUGCCCGCCUGGGUUCUCUAUUUCAGCUGCACAGCAGAACUGGAGCGGUUCCUUUCAGCAUUGGACGCUGUGUGGAAAAGCAGCUACCAGGUCGACCUGCCACACAAGCCGAUGGAGGACAGCUCCGUCAGGAAGAAAUGUGAGGAUGCCCUGAGCUUGAUCCACAGUGUGUGGCAGCGCAGUGACAGCCUGUGCCGCGGCCGGGCUUCCCGGGACCCCUGGUGUUAGCCUCUGGGCAGGCAGCAGAGGACACAAUCCUGCAGCGGAGGGGAAGGGGCCUCGGCUUGCAGCUCGCAGACAGGCCAGGCCAGGCCCCUUGCUUCCUGGCAGAGGCAGCUCCCUGGGGCUGCCUAGCAGCGGUCAGGCUUUGUGGGGAAGAACCUGUCUGGAGCCAAAGGGGGCCUGGGUGUGGGUUUGCGUGUGUGUAUGUGGGCGUAUAACAUAGAUCAACCAAGCACUGUGAUCCUCCAGCAACUCUCACCAAGGCUGCACCCGGAUGCGUCUCCUCUUCUUCCUGCAUCUGGGCAGGUGGUGUGACGGUACGAGGACUGCCAGGGGUGGGCGGGCGGGGCUUAGCGUGCCACAGUGCUCUUUCUCCCCUCCCCCACCUCGCUGGCAGCCUCACCGUGUCUGGUGGUUCUCACAGGGCCUGGUGACAAGGUCUCUUCUUGGAGGAGCCCUAAUCUCUCCUUAUUAAUGGGGGGAAGGGGCAUGCUGCAGCAUGGGUGGGUGGCCCUCCAGAAGCCAAAGCGAUGCCUGGAGCUCUGAGAACGUGGUGAGGCUGGCCUUCCUGGGCACCCUGCAUGCAUUUCCCUUGUAAAAAGCAAUCGCCAGUCUUGCAGCACUUUCAAGCGCUGUGCUCCCCACCACCCCCGUCCAUCUCGCCUUAGUCCCCUCCCUGUCCAUUGCCGCUUUCGGAGAAGAUCCCUGCCUGUUCCCAGCACCCCUGUCCCAGUCUAGGCAGGCAAAGCUGGAGUGACGGCCUGGGCCUUUGAGCGUCGUCCUCUUCUUCCCUGCAAGGCCAGCAGGUGGUGCCCUGUCCCCACCACUGGCCUAGGCAGAGUGGAGUUUCUGAGGGGAAGGGCCUGUUGAGGGAAGCGGCUUGUGGGGCUCUGUGGGCUUUGGGGGUGAUGUGCAGAGGGCAUCUUGCAGUGACUUUGCUGGUGCCUCUUCCUCUCCUCAUAAUCUCCAGGGAGAAAAGCAUCCUGCCCUGGGGGGCUGGAGUUGCAGGCGUGAUCUGCUCUGCCCCUCUAGAGCCUGGGUGGAUCCUGACACUUGACAUUCCCCUCAUGCCCAGUCAUCAGGAGGCCAAUCUCUCUCUCUCUCUCUCUCUCCCUCCCCCUGGCUGGCUGGCUGGCUUGAUGGUGGGGGCGAUGAUGGUGGGGGCCUCAGAGCCAUCGUGGGGGGGGCAGGGGCGCAGUGCUGGCACAAUGUAAUCUCUUUAAGCCUUAGCUUGCAAGAGCAAAUCUGCAGAAAGCGGCAGCAGGGCCAUGCGAGGUAUCCCAACCAUGAUAUUCCCUCUAUAAAUAGGCAGGGUUUCGGGUUUUAUUUGCCUGAGGGUUUUUUAAAGGUUUCUUUUUGAAAGCUGUUGGCAUUUUUAAUUUCUUUAUUUUAACAGAGACUUGCUAAUGUAUUGUAUGUUCAUGUGGGGGCCUUUUUUCCUCAGGAGGAGGUGGCCUGUGUGACAGACUGUACCUGUACAUACAUCUCCAUCCCUCCCUGUAAUAAACGCUCCUUGGUCA